AUGUCUUACAAUAAUAAGCCGAACGGUCCACCCCCUUCCUAUCCCGCUCCGGCCUACAACAACGAGGGUGUCCACUCCCCACCUCCUCAGGGUACUGCGCAAGACUACUAUGGAGGCCAACAGGGUGGUCAAGGAUACUACCCACCGCAGCAGGGCUACGGACAACCUCCCCAGCAGGGCUACUAUCCCCCGCAGCCGCAGGGCCAGAUGUACUACCCGCCUCAACAGGGAUACCCGCCUCAGCAGGGGUAUUACGCCGAUGAUCGUGGCGGUGGUGGUGGUUCCGGAGCUGGUGGAAUCUGCGCCGGUAUCAUGGCGGCGUUUGCCUGCUGCUGCUGCUUGGAUAUGCUGUUCUAA